AUGGAGAAGAUGUGGGCAAAGCAUCCUAUCAAAGUGACACCUCUGAACAAUGGAUACUUUAUCGUCUCUUUCUCCAUUCCAGAAGACAGAGACUUUGCGCUCCAAGAGGGCCCCUGGAUGAUUGCGGAUCACUAUCUACUUGUCCAGAGGUGGUGCCCGAACUUCAACCCAUGGAAGGCUGAUAACCAGAAACGCAUUGCCACUUGGAUUCGAUUCCCAGACCUCCCGGUAGAACUCUACAAUGUGGAAUCUCUUCGAAGGCUGGGUAACUUGGUCGGGAAGAUGCUCAAGAUAGAUAGGACGACGGCUUUCUCUGAAAAGGGUGGGUUUGCCAGAAUUUGCGUUGAGUUGGACUUAGAACAGCCACUGUUACCGAGUUUCGAUCACUUUGGUGAAGAGAGGAAAAUCAAGUAUGAAGGCCUUCACUUAGUGUGCUUCAAUUGCGGCACUUACGGUCACCGGAUGGAUCAUUGCACUUGGAGACGAUCGGAGAACCAGAACCAAGAAACUCCCAGCGACAAUCAGAAGCAUACAGCCGAGCAGCCUGCCGGCGAAGCGAAGCCCAAUGGGGAAACACCGCAAAUCCGGAAAAAUAAAGGCAGAUCUAAAGGAGGAGAUUACGGACCCUAA